AUGACCGCCGCUCAGACACCGCCGGGCUGCGCUCCCGCACCCCGCAACAAACCGCGCGCCCAUUGGCUGCCGGCCCCCGCGAAGCUGACCAAUGGUGAGAGUCCGCUGAAAACCAUUGGUUUGGCUAGCCGUCAAUCUACGGCGGCGGAUUUUAAGCGGCUAAUCAUUAAUAGCUGCGGGAAGGGAGGGAGGGACGAGUGGGUGCGCAGUUCGCCGCUCGCCGCCGUGGAUCUGCGGCUCGCCCACCACCCCGCAGCCUUCGUGGGGCCGGGCUGCGUGUACGCGGCCGCGCCGGUCGCGCGUUUCACGAGCCAUUGGGGGCUGCCGCUGGUGACAGCGGGGGCCGAGGCGCACGGCUUCGACGACAAACGCGAGCAGUUCGCGCUGACGACGCGCGUGGGGCCGAGCCACCGCAAACUGGGCGAGCUGGGAGUGCGGCUGCACCGGCGCUACGGGUGGGCGCGGCGGGCGCUGCUCGUCUACUGGGACGAGAGGGGAUUGGAUUUUGCAGCCUUCACAGGACAUAUGUUUAUUGGAAUCUGCCUCGUUGUUCUGGUCUCCUUUCCUUUUCUUGGACUUCUUUACUGGAACAAAAAACUGUAUAAUAAGGAACCAAGUGAAAUCGUUGAACUGAAACAUGAGAUCUAUGUUUGGAGGUUGACUGCUCAGCGCAUUAACCCUGCCAGCAGGGAAGAAACUGCCGUGAAAUGCCUCUUGAUGCAGAAGGUGCUGACUCUGGAGAUGCUCCUGAGGAAGAAGCUCAGGACAUUCCACAGGCAAAUUUCACAGGAAGAUAAAAACUGGGAAACAAAUAUUCAGGAACUCCAGAAAAAACACAAAAUAACAGACAAAAUCCUUCUCGUCAAAUGCCUUACUGUGCUGGGAUGUGUUAUUCUCAUGUUUUUUCUCAACUCAUUUGUUUCAGGUGUCUACUUAGAUCUUGGAUGGAUUGCCAUUUUGGGAGCCAUUUGGCUGCUAGUGCUAGCAGACAUCCAUGAUUUUGAGAUGAUAUUAAGCAGAGUGGAAUGGGCAACCCUUCUUUUCUUUGCAGCAUUAUUUGUUCUCAUGGAGGCUUUGGCUCAUCUGCAUUUAAUAGACUACAUAGGAGAACAGACAGCUUUGCUAAUAAAGGUGGUUCCUGAGGACCAGCGCUUGGCAGUGGCCAUCAUUUUAGUGCUCUGGGUAUCUGCUUUGGCCUCGUCUGUGAUUGACAAUAUCCCAUUUACAGCUACAAUGAUUCCUGUACUUCUCAAUCUGAGUAAGGAUCCUGAUGUUAACUUGCCUGUGAAACCAUUAAUAUUCUCAUUGGCCAUGGGUGCAUGUCUUGGAGGUUCCGGAAAUGAAGAGUUGCACGCUUGA